AUGAGCAAAAUUGCGGACACUCUGGCCGACGGGGGUCAUAGUGUUGUGCUGCUGCAAACGUAUAUUGUCCAACAUUUCGGCGCGGUUCGUCUUGCCAAAAACAAAAAUGUGGAGGUACAAUAUUCAAAUGAGAAAGAGAAAAUUUAACCAAAGAACUUCAGAUAAUCGACUAUUAUCUGGACGAAAAAGAUAUCCCAGAUGAGGAAAAAUCGGCAAGUGCUCUAAAAGAUUCAUGGGAUAGUCAUCUGAUAAAUAAUCCGAUUGGAGUACUCUGGGUGAGCAUAUAAUAGCAACAAAAAAACGUAUAAAACAUGUGAAUUUUUCAGACCACAUCAUAUUUCUACUAUCUUUUUAGGCCAAUGUGUGAAAGUGAGUUGGUUAGUGUGACUCCAAAAAGACUGAAAUAAAAAUUGACAGAAGUGCUAUCCGACAAGAAUAUUCACAAUUUGAUUCUUUCCCGAAAUUUCGAUGCUACAAUAGCUGAAGCGUUCGACUUUUGUGGUCUUUGUAAGAAUUUUCCAAGAAACUCGACUAGAACAAAAAUUUCCAGAUCUUGCCGACCAUCUGAAACUAAAAACGCUUCCCGCAUUCUCGUCAAUCAAGUCGCUAUCGGGUUCACGGGCUAUCGGAGAGCCCAGCCCGCUCAAUUUUGCUCCAAGUGAGUUUUUGGGUCUCGCCACGAAAGGGAUUCACCCAACUUUUGCUUAUCUACCUUGAAAGUUUCAGUCCGAGUGAUCUUGAAUCGGAUUGAAGCUUUUAAGGGAGACACGGCUUUUAGUUGCUACUGCAAAAUUUUGAGUAAAGAAAAUUUACCUCGAAGCAAUUUCUUCAACUUUAGUGAAAACUACUACGAUAAUUCCUGCAGCUCUCCACACCAACUACGGAUCGGAUCAAAGUCUGUGGGACCGAAUGCAGGACAUCACAAUGUAUUAUUCCAUCUAUUACGCGUCCGCACUCCAAUUCGAUUUACAAUACUAUCUAGCCCGUACCUUUCUGGAUGGUGAGGUCCGUCACUGGAAAGACAUCUUCCGGACCUCCACUUUCUUUUUCUACAACCACAAUCCGUACGUUGGAUUUCAAAUACCUAAAAUUGAAAAGUCCGUCGAGAUUGGCGGAUUCACAGUGGAAAGCGACGAGAACGCAGUUUUGAAUGAGGUUUUUCAGAGCGCAUUUUGAGUUUCAAAACUUUCAGCAAGCAUUUUUUUAGGAAUAUGAAGCAAUCCUAAACCUUCGCAAUGCUACAGUGCUGAUUUCUUUCGGGACAAUGAUCAGAUCUUCGGAUAUGCCGGAUUACUUCAAACUCGCGAUGGCUGAAAUGUUCAAGAAUCUUUCAAACAUCACGUUUAUUUGGAAGUACGAAGUGGAUGAUAUCGAUUUUUCGAAAAGCUUGUCUGAAAAUGUAAUUUUAACAAAAUGGAUGCCACAGGCGGCGCUUUUAGGUAAACUUUUCAAGAUUUAUAGGUGAACUAGUGCAAAAUUUCAGCUGACUCCCGUCUAAAACUCUUCAUGACUCACGGAGGAGUGGGCAGUGCUUUUGAGCUGGCAUAUUCCGGAAAGCCUGCACUUUUAGUAACAAAAAUCAAUUUUUGUCUAAGCAAAAUGGUUUCCUUAGAUUCCAAUAUUCGGAGAUCAUCUUCUGGCCACCAAAAUGUUGGCUCGACACGGCGGAGCACGAUUCUACAGCAAGCACGAUUUGAGAAAUUCCGAAAAGUUGACAACGGCGGUUCGGGAGCUCAUUUCCGAUGAGUCCUACGAACAGAACGCGAGGAUGUUGGCGGAAAUUGUCAGAAAUCAGCCGAUCAGUCCGAGAGAGAAUCUGCUGAAACAUGCCGAGUUUGCAGUGAGAUUCGGCCGAGUCGAGGCCCUUGAGCCGUAUAAUGUUGAUUACGGAUUCGUGCAGUAUUACAUGUUGGACGCCUACACGAUUCUUGUCAUCCUAUGCACUUUCAAUUGUUAUCUGGCAUUCCGUGUUGUUUUUUGGUUAUUUGGUCUGUUUUUUGUAAAGUCGAAAUUGAAGAAUGAAUAAAAAUGUUCUGAACAAUUUUCACGGGCCAAGAAAUACACCGGAAUCUUUGCACCGAAAUCGUGUUUCCGACCAAAUCGGAACAUUUGUGAGUCACACCGAAAGAAGGUGUCACUAGUCAGUUACCUAGUUCUAGAAUAAACCGGCUUCUGUCUAGAUUUGAACCUUGGACCCCUUUCAGUUGACCUCAAGAAGAUUUACUACGACGCAGAGUGUGAAACAGAAACAGUGUAAAGAACCGCUUUGUCUUUCUUUGCCUCACAGUUACAAUCUCGUCGUCACGCGAAAGUAUCGAAUAUGCGACGAAAUUCUUGCUAUUAUCUACUUGUCCCUUUGAUUUGUCUAACUGUGAAACAGACAUGUUCCGGUAAAAUUAAGAUCAGCAACGAGCAGUUGGUCGAAGCGGUCGCCGAUUUUUGCACCGGACACUAUGGAUACGACAGUGAUUUUUGUGUGGAUUACGCGAUGCUUCGGAGGUGUAAGUUUCACAUUUUUCUCCAAGAUUUCAAGUUGAGCUAAAUGUUCGGAGUAUCUCUCUCUCUGAAUUUAAAAAAUUAUGAAUUUUACAGCUCGUGCCACUUCCAACGCCACUGUCACCACUCCGGAGGAAAUAGUCAACAAAACUGCGGGCGCCGAGGGACCACGACCGAAAAUUGGAGGUCCCGGCGAUAUUGUGCUCACUAAGGGGAAUCAGACGGAAAUUAUCAAUACGAAAGCGGCAAUGGAGGAUCCGGAUGAGGAAAUCGCUAGUCUAAGUGAGGACUAAAUUGUUUAGGCCAACCAAAAAUCGGAUUUUAGCUCCCCAACAAAUCCGAGACGAACUGCGGAAGAUCAUUCAGGAAGAGUACGCGAAGAAGGAGAUUCAAGAGAGUUUCGCCGAUGAUCCAGUUAUUGAUUUCUUGCAAAUUUUUCCAAAAAUAUUUCAAAUAUUGCAGGCAUGCAGUAAUCUACGCGACGAAUACGACGAAGUGUGUUUCGCAACUCCUCCGCUCGCCGCUUUUCAGGAAACUCGCGAGUUCUGCCUGGCGUUCGUCAAAAAUUGCCACAAUUCUCUGCUCACCAACAUUUUCACCAAUGUCAAGUGGGCCCAAAUAUUAGAAGAACUUUGUUUUCAAAGCAAUUUACAGAAAUUUCAAGGUGGAUUUCGCGGCUUAUUGCAAAAAACAUCGCGAACGGUUUCGUUACGUGUGUCCGAAUCCGUUGCGAUUUCAGAGUUUCGCCGAGGAUGUAAGUGCUUGUUUUUUGGAUUUCUCAUGAUUUUUCAACGAGAGCAUGCGUUUUUUGAGUCUUUAAAUGGAAAUAUCGCGAUUUUUCUCAGAGUUCUGCCGAUUUCCCGUUCAAACGCACACUUCUCACGUAAACUUGAUUGCAAAUCGCAAAUCAGUCGGAAUUCGAUGGAAAAAACAGUGUUUUGGAUCAUUUUCAGGCGGUCCAAUUCUGUCUGCGUUACAAAGAGCGUUGUCCGAAAGAGGUGACGCCCGCGGAGCCGGUGAUGUUUCACAAAAAGGACGAGGGACACAUUUACACGCGAGAAAUCGAGUUCUGGUGUACGCGCACGAAACGGACGGCGUACAAUUAUUGCACGGAACCGGAUUUGCUCAAAGUUUACAAGUAUCAAAUGUUUUGCGGAAUGUACAAGUACGCGUGCAUCGACGUUUACAAGCGAGUCAUUUACGGAAGAUAA